AAAAAAGGCACUGCUUCACACUGCAACUUUCAGAAUUAAAAAAAAAAAUUAGAAAAGAAGAGACCUCUCUCUCAUUAUCUUUUUUUUCUUGGGUUUAGGGUUCCAACAAGUUAAGCUUUUUCAGAAAGGCAAAACACACAAAAUCUCUGAACCAGUUCCGAGCUCAACAUUUUGUCAUCUUCACUGUAUUUCUCAACAAGCCAAGCUUCUUCUCUGUUUCUCUCACGUAAAGCAUUUGAACAACUCAUGGCUCCACCCUCUCAGAACAUUCCACUUCCUAGUCUCACCUCCACUGAUGAAUCCAAACUUGACUUAAAGGCUCUGUCUUUGAGUGUUUCCUUCCAUGGGUGGAGAGAGGCGAACUCAGCUUUCAAGUCAUGGGCUAUAAAAAUGUCAUCUUUACACAGACCCACAUGGAGAAAAGCUGGGAUCUUCGAAGCAGUCAUGGCAUCUACCAAAGGACUCAACAAAGACACAGAUCUCCUUCUGGGUAUCGCUGAGAGAUGGUGUCCCGACACCAAUACCUUCCUCUUCCCUUGGGGUGAAGCAACCAUCACACUUGAAGACGUUAUGGUACUUCUAGGUUUCUCUGUUUUGGGCUCACCGUAUUUUACUCCUCUGGAUAGCUCGGGAGAGGAGAUUCUGAGGACACUGGAGGAAGAAUGGGUCAAGAUUAGGAAAGGUAGUUCAGCCCAUUUGGUAACUAAACUCCAAUGGAUGGGAAGAUUCAUGGGCACUAGGGGUGAGCUUGAGCAUGCGGCUUUCCUUGGGUUGUGGCUAAGCUACUUUGUGUUACCAACAAGGUAUUGCCAUGUUGACCAAGCUGUUUUGUCCAUAGCUAUUCAUCUCUCUAGAGGUACUAGGAUUGCUCUUGCUCCUCCUGUUCUUGCUCACCUGUAUGCUGACUUGAGUCUCUUGAAAGAGCACAUCAGAGGUUUCAAGACAGUGAUGUUAAACGACAAAGUUGAGCUGAGUGCCUUGUUUAAGUUGGUUCAAGUUUGGACAUGGGAGAGGUUCAGGGAGCUACGUCCCAACAACACUAAUCCGUUGCGGCAAGGUGAGCCAAGGUUGGCUCUUUGGGAUGAAGCGAAACCAAGGAAAACAAAGAGGCAUGUGAGGAUGAGAACAAAGAGAAAUGUGAGGGAGAUACUGGCAAACUCGAAGAUGGAGAGUUUUGAGUGGCGUCCUUACACAAAAGCUGUGAGGAACUGGAACUUUCCUAAGUUUUACCCUGAGAAAGCAAUGUCUGUUCCUAUUGGUCCUGAUCUUGAUGAGGAGUUCAUCUCCUUUGCUAGAUGCAUCAAGGUGUCUGAGCUUGUGGGAAAGGAUAGUGUGGAAUGCUACUUUCCCAACCGAGUGGCUUCACAGUUUGGAUUGCUUCAGGAUGUUCCUUGUCCUGUUAACCAAAGCAACCUCUUCAAAGAGGCAGCUUGGGAUGAGUACAACAAGCCUAUUGAUGGAUUGAGAUUGUUCGUCCCUUCUCGUUCUGCAUUAUCUUAUUUUACUUCAGUGUACUGUGAGUGGUGGAGGAAGGGUAAGCGAGCUGUUGAACUAGCUGAAUCAUUAGGUGAUGAUGAUACAUCUAAGCCUGUUCCUUCUGGUUCUAAGAAGUCAUUGAAGCGAUAUAGUAAGGAGGAUGAGACUCAAAUGGAUCGUUAUAAGACACAGGUUCCACCAAGAAACAUCAGAAGAGGUGAUGAUGAUGCAUCUGAGCCUGUUGCUUCUGGUUCUAAGAAGUCAAUGAAGCGAGUUUGUACGGAGGAUGAGACUCAGAUGGAUCGUUAUAAGACACAGGUUCCACCAAGAAACAUCAGAAGAGGUGAUGAUGAUACAUCUAAGCCUGUUUCUUCUGGUUCUAAGAAGUCAUUGAAGCGAGUUAGUAAGGAGGAUGAGACUCAAAAGGAUCAUUAUAAGACACAUGUUCCACCAAGAAACAUCAGAAGAGGUGAUGAUGAUACAUCUGAGCCUGUUGCUUCUGGUGCUAAGAAGUCAUUGAAGCGAGUUUAUAAAGACGAUGAGACACAGGUUCCAUCAGAGAAAGAUGAGAAAGAUGAUGGCUUAAGCAUUGGUCAAGCAAUGAGAUUGAGAAGGAAGAAGACAGCUAUGCGCCCAUCUGAUGAAAACCACUCCUUAGAUCCUCCUCCUACGGUACUGCCAUCAAGAGAAGUGGGUCAAAAGCUGAGAAAAGAGUUUUCUGAAAAACUCAAAAGGUCUAGAGAUCUUAGAACACCGACAAAUGUGAGAUCCAAGAUAGUAGAAUCUGGUGGAUCAGCGUCAAGAGAAGUGCCAAAUACUGAGUUGUUUCAGAAGGAGGAAGUAGUGAAGAGGAAGAGUGAGCAUUUGGGAGACAAGCGAGCUCGUAACAUUACCACAGCUGAGAUGGUCAUAGACAGAGAGAAAGGUGUAAGAGAUGCUUCUGAAUCACUUGGGAAAAGAAACAGUGGAAGACUUGAGAGAGAGAACAAUGAUUCAUGGAUCCGUCAAAAGAUUGAUACUAAAGAUGAAACUGUAGCACAACAAGAAGAGACGGGGAACAAAGCAGGGAAGAAUACGGUUCUGAGCUCAGCUAACGGUAACAACUCCUCAGAUCCUCCUCUUGGUGCUAAUGGAGGAAUAGUUGACACUGUUCUGUCACGACCAGAGACAAGACAAAAGUGUGAUGAUGAGGUUGGCGUAAUUGGAAUCAACACUGAGAAAAAGAAGGCUAUAGUCGCUGGUGGAAGCAAGGAUGAAAAGUGUGUGCUCCAUGAAGAUGGACAAAACCUGAGAUCCAGUGAGGAGGAAGAUGAUGGUAAAAGUUUGAAGCAUACAAACCUUGCAAUAGAUGAGAUAUCAUUGAGCCUAGAGGCACGUAUGAUGAAGGUUGAGAAGACUUUGGCAAAGAUCAGAGAAUGGAAAACCAUAGAAACAAACCAGGCCAAGAAUGGAAUAUCUGCUUAGGAUCUCAGGCAAACAAUGUCACAUGUUCUCAACUUUUAUGGUGUUUUGCAUAAUGUUUAGGAACUUUCUUAUUAGAGGCAAAUCUUUAUGACUUUUGGUGUGUUUUGAUUUAAGUAUGUAUUUGGAAGAUCUCUCAGUUUGGAGGAGAAUCAUUACACUUCCGCUUUUGUUCAAUUUAACUCUUUUGGGUUUGAUCCAAGAAAUAGUUUACACA